UAACGUGACACACUGUGGGAAACGAUCGCCAGGACAUUAUUCGCUAUCUAAACAACACACAUCGCCUCUUCUUUUUCUCCUUUUUGUGUGUGGUCUGCUAAACCCAAGAUCCCGGCAGUGUUCAUGGUCCCCUGUCAGUGUGGGGGUGUGGGUGUGCAGACAUGGAGAGCUAUGAGGAGUUUGCCCUUCGAACCAUGGCCUUGCUACGGGCGAAGGAGAAGUCAGAGGAGAUGGACUUGAAGACACAAUGUUCACUGAAAGACCUUUCCGCCAUACUAUUUUACGGGAAGCCGGUGCUUCCACCUCUGCUGACCGCAGAGCAGCGCAGAGUCAUGCGCGACCAUCGCGAGAGGGCGGUACAGGUGCACGCAGACAGACUGAACCAGCGGAAGAACUGCGUUCUGAACCGGGUCCAGAACAUCUUGGACCUGGCAGUCAAGCAGGUCGACGCCAACAAAGGGCCCAGUGUUACGCAGGAGGACCAGUUACCUCGCCCCGGCGGUACCUCCCCUAAACACGAGACCGUCAACGGCUACACCCUGGUCACCGACUCCCCCGGGCUCCUCCGGGACUCUGGGUGCACCGUCGAGGAACCGGUCCUCCCCGGUCCUCCACGCUCCGAACCCCACCACGGUGCCGCCCAGGUAGACGGAGCCCAAGCCCCGCCGCGAGACCGAGAGGAAGAGGAGGAGGAGGAGGAAGAGGAGGAGGAGGAGGAGGAGGAGGAGGAGGAGGACAUCAGCCUGGACAGCCUGCUGAAGCGCUCCAGGGAGUACGUGGAGAAGGAGCAGAGCCGGCGGGAGUCGUUGGUGGUCCUCCGCACCCCUCCCCCCCCCCCCGACCGCCUCUCCGACCGGGAGGGCCACGCCCUCCGCACCCCGGCAAGGGACUCGGGGGUGGAGUUCGGCUUCAGCCUGCGUCACAGCCCGGUCGGCCCCCCCAGGGGCCCCCCCAGGGGCCCGGUCGGGGCGCGCCGUCCCUCGCCGAGCCCCCCGGACCCCCACGCCUCCCAGAGGCCCCCCAGCCCCGAGCUCAUCCUCGUCCACCCCGUCCACCGGCGCAAGCCCCGCCCCGUCUCCGCCGGCAACCUCCACCUCUGCUUCCCGACGGGCCAGGGCGACCUCAUCCCCCGGAGCCCCAGGGGCGCGGGCGAGGCGCGCGGCAUGGCGGCCUGGGACGAGGCGAGCCCGCCCGGGGGGGCGCGGGUCUCCGACCUCUGGGGUCCGCCCGGCGGCAGCGCCGCGGGCCGAGUCUCCGCCCCCAGCCCGCCGGGACCCCCCCACGAGGGGUUCCGGCGCCGCAGCCACACCCUGGACAGCCAGCUGUACCCCCCCCCGCUGCCGCCGCCGCCCGGCGUGGACCGCAGCCAGGAGAGGGCGCCCCGCUUCAUGGCCGGGGUGACGCGGCAGCCGCCCAGCCGGAGGGCCGGCACGGCCGCCCCUCUGAACCAGUCGUACGACGUGGAGACCCCCGCGCCGGGGCUGCACAGGCCCCACGUGUCCCCCGACGGCGCCCCCCCGGGGCCAGACGCCAGAGCCACCAAAACGGUGCACAUCAACGCCCCUGAUGGUACCACAGGGGGGUCACCAGAGGAGACCCAGUGGCGGGUGCACGCCCUGGAGGACAUGCAGAAGCGCUUGGAGGAGGAGCAUGUGCUGCACAUGUCUCUGCUGCUCGCUGAGCAGGAGAGAGAGCAGGAGCGCCUCCAACAGGAGCUGGAGGAGAAGGAGAGGAGAUCGAUGGGGCCGGGCGGCGACCGGCCGCUGAGUGGAAGCGGUCUUCCCUCGCCGUCGCUCUCCAACCGCUCCUCUCCUUCCAGCCUGCCCCCGGCCUACCUCUGGGGGCCCCCGUGGGGGGCCGGCAAGCCCCGGUCCAGACUCAGUCAGGUCCUGACGGCAGAGCAGCAGAAGUGUGUGUGUCGCCUCGGGGCGGUCGCCCGAGGCUUCCUAACCCGCAGGCUGAUGGACACAGAGAAGGUCAAACACCUACGCCAGACCGUGGGGGACACCCAGGAGUUCAUCCGUUCGUUCCAGAGUGAGGGUCCCGCUAAGAGAGGCUCUGUGUCCCCCCAGGACAUCUCCCUGCAAGACCGAGUCAGAGCCCAGCUGCGCGCCGCCCUGUACGACCUCCACGACAUCUUCUUCGAGAUGCCCCUGCAGGACCGGCUGGCUCUGCUGCAGCAGGACAGGGAGCUGCGAGCCGAGAGGAAGCAGAGAGAGAUGGAGAAAGCCAAGAGCCCCAAAGACAGAGUGGCGUUGUCGGCUGCUACACAGAGGUCCCUGGACAGGAAGAGGAGGGUGAUUGGAUCUCCCGCUCAGGGCAGGAAAACAUCACAGAAGACGAAGGGCGCCUCGAACAACAGCGUCCCGGAAGCAAAGCAAGGCCAGAAAGCCCCGGCCGUAGACAAGCUCAAACACCAGGGGAGCUGCUACCGGAAGACCCCAGAGGGGAGGACCACUCGCUCGGACGGCCUGAAGAAGCAGAACUCUGUGGGCUGAACACGCGGCUCAGAGGGCCUGGAGAACCAGACCUCGUUGGGCUGAACACGCGGCUCAGAGGGCCUGGAGAACCAGACCUCGUUGGGCUGAACACGCCACUCAGAGGGCCUGGAGAACCAGACCUCGUUGGGCUGAACACGCCGCUCAGGUGGCCCCCUUAACCUGCAAGAACACUAGAACACCUCUGUCUGUAUCUGUAAAAACCAAGCAGUGUCGUAUGUACAGUACAACUACCGCUACUUGGAUGACUGCUGCUAAACACAAAGGUCUACUGCUCUCCUUCUCCACGUGUCUAUUACCUCGGUUAUUGUUUUUGUAUGAUCUAGAAAAGCACUUUUUAUAACAUUGAACUUUAAAGACUAUAAUGUGCCCUUACUGUCAUGUCACAGACUGGAAGACUUGUCUGUGUGAGAUUUAUAACUACUAGAUAAAAAAGAAAUGUCAUACUUGCAGCUAAAGUAAAGAGUAACAAAGGUUAAGGUUUUCCAUUAGUGAGAAAGAGAAAUGUUUGUGCCUUCCCUCACACAUAUCUACUUAUCCUGCAUGCUUGCUGAAUGUAAUAUUUUCCUUGACUGUCAUUUCAAAUGCAAUUUUCACUGAUGCUUUACUGACAGUCAUUGGUAGUCGAGUGUUAAACUGAAUUAUAUUGGAAUUGAUGUGAUAAGGGUCAAGUUAGCUUGACCCCUUUUAUUCUUGGUGCCUAUUUAUUUAUACCAACCCUACUUUUCAUUGUUUUGUGUGUAUGUUGUUUGGAUAGGAUCCAUGCCAAAAGAAAAUAAAUCUGAAUGUAUUUAUACGGAGAGCUAAAUGUCUUAUGUGAAUGUCUAAAUAAUGACAAACACCCAACCAUCAUGUUGCUUUUAAAUACUGACAUGUUAGGGAGAGAUGAUAUUAAAGUGUAUAAAUAGCAAGGUAUUCUCAGACUAUUGUUUCUGUUCAGAUAAGUGUGUGCACCUUUCACACUAAGGGAUAUCAAGGCUCAUAUAAUCUUCCCGACAACUUUUAUCACAUAUUUCCAGAGAAGAUUGUGGUUCAUGUGAGUAAUAAUAACCAUAAAAAAAAAAUUCCCUUCUGUAUUUGAUUCUGUCCCGGUAAUGUUUAUGCUGACAUAGUUUACUCACUCAGCUCGCCACACACCCUCAUCAACCAUUUCCCUUACCCGUAGGUAUGUAUCAGGUACACAGAAAGAGAUUGGUCAAACAAGAGUGGCUGUCAUGUAUCCUGUCAUGUCACAGGUAAGGAAAUGUCUCAUUCACUCCACAUCCAGGAAGGUGACCAAAACCAGACUGUUUUUCAUUUAUAUUUGCA